AUGGCUUCCAAAGGCAAAGUCAGAGGCAUCAGCGGUCAGCAUCCCCUGGUUCAGAAUGUCACCGUGACAGAGGGCGGGACGGCCAACAUGACAUGUCGCGUGGAGUACAACGACAACACCUCCCUCCAGUGGUCGAACCCGGCACAGCAAACUCUCUUCUUCGGCGACAAGAAGGCUUUAAGGGACAACAGAAUCGAGCUGAUUCGUGCGUCAUGGUCGGAGUUGACCAUCAGCAUCCAUGAUGCCACGCUGUUCGAUGAGGGCAUGUACACCUGUUCUCUCUUUACCAUGCCUGUCAAAACAGCUAAAGCCUACUUGACAGUCCUCGGCGUGCCGGGAAAACCCAAGAUCGAGGGCCUGAUGAAACCUGCUGUGGAGGGUGACCACAUCACUUUGACCUGCCUGACUCACGGCAGCAAACCUGCUGCAGACUUACGCUGGUUCCGGAAUGAAAAAGAGGUCAAAGGUGCUAAAGAAGUCAACGCCAGCGGGAACACCUUCACCGUACGCAGUUCGCUGCAGCUGCACGUGGACAGACGCGACGACGGAGUGGCAUACACCUGCAGGGUGGAUCACGAGGCCCUGGCGCAGACUCCACAACAGACCACCGAAGUGCUUGAGGUCCACUAUGCACCUCGGGUGGAAAUCGUCCACUCUCUUGCAGUCCCUCAAGAGGGUCAGUACCUAAAGCUGGACUGUAUGUCGCAAGGAAACCCUUCGCCAGAUCCUGUGAAGUGGACGAAAGAUGGCGUGGAAAUUUCGGAUCUAGGCCGUGUGAUCGUGGAAGGUCGCGAGCUCACAUUUACGUCACUUAACAAGACGGACAACGGCACCUACCGCUGUGAAGCCGGCAACCAUCUCGGUACCAGCAGUGCUGAAUAUGUACUCUACGUCUAUGAAGAACCCACUACCCUGCCUCCAUCCACCACACACCCCUUCCAUCCCAUCCCCCCAGACUCCACCGCUCUAAUAGGCACGCACGCUUCAGACCCCACAGUCACUGGAAACAAAGAUCCCAACGCUCUAGCCCAUCACGGCACGGACCACGCUUUGAUCGGGGGAGUGGUGGCCGUGGUGGUCUUCGUCACCUUGUGUUUAAUCAUCGUUCUGGGAAGAUACCUGGCCAGGCAUAAAGGAACGUAUUUGACAAACGAGGCCAAAGGAGCGGAUGACGCGCCCGACGCAGACACGGCCAUCAUCAACGCCGAGGGCAACCACGCACACGCCGAAGAAAAGAAGGAGUACUUCAUCUAG